AUGUGGUGGUCCUGGGGGAUGUGGAGAAGGGCUGCACCGUGCGGGCGGGAGGGGACGUCGUCGUUUGGGGCAGUUUGGAACAGGUUGGCUGGAUGCAUUCAUGCUGGAUGCGGCAGAGCUGAUGCUGCCAUAAGAGCCCUCAGUGCACAGUCGUGCACCAUGAGCAUUGGUGGACACAGCUCAGCUGAUACCAUCUGCAGUCAGGUCCCACUCAUGGCUUGCAUCGGGAGCGGCAACUGUAUUGAGGUUGUCAGACUCGCCGCCACUGAAGUUGGACCAUCAAACUCAAAUCCAAGCCUGGACGUCAUUGGCAAGGAGACAAGAACGUCAGCACCCAUGAGGGCCGCAUUGUGGACUGGACGAUAUGCAACUUUGCUGGGCUUGAUGCUGAUGCUGUUCCCGAGCCAGCUAUUUGGUUUGGCAUUCAACACGGCGGUCGUCACCAGGGGAUGGAUCCGCAUGGGGGGCUGCUUCCUGGCACUGGUGGGCAUGCAGUACAUCGGCACUGCCGUCGGCGACGGCAGGGGCCUGGGCGCCUCCGGCUUCUACUCCGCCACCAUCUUCUCAAGGCUUUUCCUGGUAGCGACGUGCUGCGCGGUGGUGGUGCUCGGCGAGGUGGAGGUCGCGCUGCUGGCGCUUGCAGCGGCGAACGGGCUUGGGGCACUGGCCAUGCGCAGGGCGAUGCGCAGCUCGGGAUGA